AUGGGAGCCAAGGGGGGGCUUGGAGGCAGCAGCCCCCCUCAGCCCCCUCUCUGCCUGAUGCCCCCAGGCCUCUGCACCCCACUUCUCUCUUGUCAUAGCUGCUCUUUGUUCCCAAGUGCCUGCCUGUGUGGGCCCAGAACCCCCCCCCCCCCGGUUCUGGCACCCGCUUGCCUGCCCCCCUCCAGGUCCUGCCCUGACCCCCCCAUUACAGCAGCUCGGCACCCCCUUUUUUUGAAACCCUCCCCCACACACUUGCUGAGGCUUCUCACCUUUUGUAAUUUUGAUACAUCCAUAAGCCGCCUGUGUCCUUUCUAUGUCAGGGAAUCCAAGGGAGGCGGGUGGAGGGACUCCUGUGUCCAGGGGGUUGAGCUAGAUGACCUUUAG